GGGCUGCACUCCAUAGAAUCACGUCGAUAGAAUCUAAUCAACCCGUAAUUUUCACACCGUCACCACACCAACGUCAAGUUCACACGCACAACUCAACUUCACCUUUUUCACAAUUCGAACGCGCUCACGUAUUUAUAAUCCUCCGAUACUCGUCCCCAACCCAACUCCCGAAACCAGAGCGGUAAAAGCCCCAGGUUACCUAAGGUAUCCAAGAAGCAGGAAAGAAAAAAAGAGUCCAGGCUAUAUAUCCGGAUUCGUAGGUACGUGUUGCACCCGAAACACACACACACACUACACCUCUCGGGCGCACAGCAAAGUUCAUCAUGUCCUAUCCGCCUCCUCCAGGCUCCAGCAAUUCGCUCCCCCCGCGACCACCCCCCUCGCGCUUCUCCAGCUUCAAGCCAGCCUUCUCGCCAUCGCAAACCCACUCCCCGAGCCCCGGCCCCUACGCGCCUCCCGCCUACUCCAGCGCCCCGACAUAUGCUGGCGCUCCCGCCCCCGCCGGCCCCCCCAGAAACCAGUAUGGCUCCUCGUACCAGCCGUACGCGCGCCCCGGCCCCAUGACCGGUGGCUACCAACAACAUCAACAACAUCAACAACAUCAACAACAACAACAACAACAAUCCCAGCCAGCAGCAGCAGCAGCGAAUCCGUACUCGUACCCCGGCCAGCAGCAGAGCUACCAGCAGAGCUACUACAGCGCGCCACAGGUAGCCGCCGGCACCACCGCCGCGCCCUCGUAUGCCGCGGCCCCCCAGAUCCGCAACCCCUUCCCGGCUCCUAACCAGGCGAAGGCCGACGACUAUGACCCGGAUAUGGCGGCGCAGAUCGCGCAGUGGCAGAGCGCAUAUGUGAAAGAUCCCAACAAGGAAGGGGGUGCCGGUGCGCCCGCAACGGCAGGAGCGUCAGCAGCAGGGUCUGGGGGACGAGCAGGCUACGCCAACAGCGCGACGACGACGUACGCCGCGGAGCCGAGUGCCAGCGCCGCCGCCGCAUCGGCAGCGGCAGCAGCAGCAGCAACGAACGGGGAGAAGAAGAAGACGGUCGUGCGGUCAGGCGGCGGGCAGAAAUGGGCCGACGACACGCUCCUCGAAUGGGACCCCUCGCACCUACGCCUCUUCGUCGGCAACCUAGCAGGCGAGACGACGGACGAAUCUCUCUAUAAAGCAUUCUCGCAGUGGAAAUCCCUGCAGAAAGCGCGCGUAAUCCGUGACAAAGUCACGUCCAAAUCCAAGGGAUACGGAUUCGUAUCCUUCAGCGACCCGGACGAGUUCUUCCAAGCGGCCAAGGAGAUGAACGGCAAGUACAUCCAGAGCCACCCGGUCGUCGUGCGCAAGAGCACCACCGAGAUCAAGCCCACUGCUGUCAAGGACAACAACCGCUGGAGCAAGAACGGCAAGAACAAGAACAAGAAUAAGAACCGCGGCGCUAACGGUUCUGGUGGUGGCGGCGGUGGGAAGCGCGACGACGGCCUCGAACCCCAUCUUGGCCCCGUGCCCACUGGUGUGCAUAAGCCGGGUCAGAAGACGAAGGGCGGGUUGAAGAUAUUGGGUUGAGUAAGGGGAGGAUAUGUAUAUACCCUGCUGAUGCUGAUGCCUACACCUGCAUAGGCUGUCAUUAUGCUAUCACGCUUAGCUUGCUUUAAUAACAGGCGUUAAAGACGCGCAGACUGAAUCGGAAACCUCGUUUCUAGAUACCAAGGAGCAUAUUAUACUAAUAAACCAUGACGGAACGCCAA